CUCCCCCCCCCCCACUGGAAUUAACCCACGCGUGUCCGAGGUGCCCUUAGUUGGCUGCUGCCUCCUCUCCCCGACACGUGACUCAGUCCACUCCCAUUGGCUGCGGUGCGGGGAGUCGAGGCUUCUCUCUGGGUCGUGCCUGGGAGUGGGGAGAAGCCUCGGAGCGCUGGGAGGGGUCGCACGGGAGAUUCGUCCCACAGACUGAAUGGCUGAGCUGUGGGGAGGGAGGUGUCGGCUCUUAUCUCUGGCCUUUUACUGGGGCUCCUCUCAGCUCUGAUCCGAUACUCCCCGACCCCCUUGUGCAACCCCGGCCUGAGGCCACUCCUGACUGUCACAUAUUCAGCCCGACAUUUAGGGGCCCCGGUUCAGGUACUUUCCCCCCACACGUCACGGAAUCGGCUCUUCCACCUUCUACCUGAAGCUCCGGCGUGAGGAUGCGCCGACCCUCUGAGAGCGGAGAUUUGAUCUGAUAGAGAAUCCAGUUGUCAUGGGAGAAGGGUCCCGCGGGGAGUUUGUCAGGGAAUGUUUAUAAAGCGCGACCCCCAGUCCUGAUGAUGAUGAUGAAGAUGAUGGUGGGACGCAGCGUGUGAGAGAGAAGGAGGAGUAGGGGGUUAUUAUUAUUACUAUAAUUAUUAUUAUUAUGCCCGUUCCACUGCCGAACUCCCCCGAUCACCGACAUGAAGGAGAAAUCCAAGAACGCAGCGAAAACGCGCAGAGAGAAGGAGAAUGGGGAGUUCUAUGAACUGGCGAAACUCUUGCCUCUCCCCUCGGCCAUCACCUCCCAACUGGACAAAGCCUCCAUCAUCCGCCUCACCAGCAGUUACCUGAAGAUGAGAGCCGUCUUCCCCAACGGAUUAGGCGAUGCCUGGGGUCAUCCAAGCCGAAUUGGACCAUUGGACAACGUGGCCAAGGAACUGGGAUCUCAUCUUCUACAGACUCUCGAUGGAUUUGUUUUCGUCGUAGCGUCUGACGGCAAAAUCAUGUACAUUUCAGAAACUGCCUCCGUCCAUCUGGGACUGUCCCAGGUGGAACUGACAGGCAAUAGUAUAUAUGAAUACAUUCAUCCGUCGGACCAUGAUGAGAUGACUGCAGUACUCACUGCGCAUCAGCCGCUGCACCCGCAUUUACUGCAAGAGUAUGAAAUAGAGCGGUCGUUCUUCCUACGGAUGAAGUGUGUCCUUGCCAAAAGGAAUGCGGGACUGACAUGUAGUGGAUACAAGGUGAUUCACUGCAGCGGCUAUCUGAAAAUAAGGCAGUACAUGCUGGACAUUUCUCUGUACGACUCCUGCUACCAGAUUGUGGGCCUUGUGGCCGUGGGUCAGUCGUUGCCCCCCAGUGCCAUCACAGAGAUCAAGCUACACAGUAACAUGUUCAUGUUCAGAGCAAGCCUGGACCUCAAACUCAUUUUCUUGGAUUCCAGAGUGGCUGAAUUAACUGGAUAUGAACCUCAAGACCUUAUUGAGAAAACUCUCUACCAUCAUGUACAUGGCUGUGAUGCAUUCCACCUCCGAUUAUCUCACCAUCUCUUGCUGGUGAAAGGCCAGGUCACUACCAAAUAUUACAGGCUGCUCUCCAAGAACGGAGGUUGGGUCUGGGUUCAGAGCUAUGCAACCAUUGUCCAUAACAGCCGUUCCUCAAGACCCCACUGUAUAGUGAGUGUGAACUACGUCCUCACUGAUGUGGAGUACAAAGAGCUACAGCUUUCUUUGGAGCAAGUUACAAUAUCAAAGGUUCCGUUUUCAUGUCGGACCCCAAUGACUACCUCCCAGGAAGCCCGCAAGCCCAUAAAGGUGAAAAGUGGCAAGGUGAAGUCCAAACCAAGGGCAAAUCCAUAUCCACAGCCAUAUACAUCAUUCAUUGGUGACAAACUGGAUUGUUCCCAAUAUGGAAGUUGGAAAGGAAGCCCCCCAAUACACACUGCCACUAACCAAGAACAGAGCAACCAUUCGGAAAACAGUGAACUGUUAUACACCCCAACGUACAGUUUGCCAUUCCCUUACCACUAUGGACACUUCCCUAUGGACUCCCAUGUACGUAGCAGCGGCAAAAAACAGGUGAUGCCCUCUCGAUACGGACAGCCGCAGAGCUCCUCCCCUUGUGAAAUGGCAAGAUUUUUCUUCAGCACCCUACAGACCGGCGGGGAGUGCCACUGGCAUUAUGCCAAUUCAGUUGUUCCAAGCUCUCCUCCCAAAAAUAUUCAUGAACAAUCAGUAACUCAAGUCCGGCACAACUUGGCACAUAAUUAUGAAGCAACCAAAAAAUUCAGUGCAUUAGACAGUCCGCCUGAUGGAUUUACAGACUGUUCCAUGCCAAGAUACAGUGCCAGGUAUAAAGAUGAACUCUACCACUCGUCUCCAAUGAAAACAAAUAAAUCUGAGAACCGGGCAGCACCACCAUACCAUGGCGUGAAAGAAGAAAAUAAGCUGUCUUUCAGCAGGUACCAGCAGGAGAAAACAUUUGCCAACGAAAAGCACUUUUCCAACUCUCUCAGUAACUCAGUCCUGCAGAAAUCCGAAUGUCUCCAUGCAAAGACUAUUGGGCAGUUCAGCCAUAUCCUUCCAAGGCCUGUGGUAUAUGAGCAGACGAGACGGCUUUGCAUGAAAGAACCUAGGCAUGGCUAUCCUAAUUUUCAUCACUCAGGUUAUAACGAACUAGAAAACGAUAGAACAAACUCAAGAUUUGCCCAUCACAAUUCAGAACAUGAGCACUUCAAGCCUGGUGGGCAAGUUCCAUAUGUCCCUCUUAAUUAUCAUCAUGUCUUAUCCAAACAUGGAACUUACCCAACAUCACCAUGUACAGGAACUGAACAUGGCACAGAACAUUAUGGGUAUGGUUCUGAAGAGGUAAAUGCUUUUGUUUACAAAAACCAGAGUCCGUCAUCGAUCUCUUCUCCAGAAACCCACCGGGAAACAUCAGUUCCACAUUAUAUUGGGACUUCAGUAAUUAUAACCAACGGAAGGUGAUAUUAGGACUUUGUAUAAUCUUAUUUGUUAAUAAAAUGAAGUCUGCAAUCAUUUACGCCAAAGGAUGAGGAAAAAUGGUGACCAGUUCUUACAGAGUCUAGCAGAAAGGUCUUGAUAGGAGAGACAUGCACUAGUUCUUGGCAAACCAUGUGUAACAGACAACUAUAAGGUCUAGCUAGCUUGCCAAUAAGUCAUCGAUGUAGACCAUGUAAGAAGUCAUAUCCCACAUUAAUUAUACAGAGGAAACCUAUUUAGAGCCACCUACUUUCUGAAAUCCUCUAUAAUGUUGAUCAAAUUAUGGAACAAGACUUCUGAUGGUAUUAGCAAGCUCUUGAUAACCAUGCUGCAAGUCCCGUUCACAUUUCUACAGCAGCAUCAUCAUCAAACAGAGAGGCCAUAAUGAAAUGUAUUCUGGCAUCUAGAUAAGAAUGGUUCCAAAUAGGUGUUAGAGUGAGAAAUAAAUCUAAAGUAAUGGAAGUUUCAAUGUUUAUCAUUUGGUGAGGAGGGCGGACAAUUAGGGCCAUCAUUUAAGAGAAGGCAUGCCACCUUAACUGAGAAAUAAAUCCAGAAAGCUCUCUUGCUAUUGCUGAACUCUCUGAAAGGCUUUAGGGUACCUAAAGUUAAGGUGAACCAACAAUGGAAAUAUUUCAUAAAUAUCAAUGGUUCAAGCCCAUCACUAAUAUAAUUACCCCAGAAUCAUAAGAGAACUUUAAUUAAGUCUUGAGACCCCCCAAAACCAACUCCUAUGAAUUCUUCUACGAGAAACUGUACAGAAGUGUUAUACAUGGAAUGUGCAUGGGCCAAAUCCAAUUCUUGGUUUAUCACGUGAAAACUCAUGGAUGAGAUUUAAUUCCAGGAGAAAACAAACUGUUCUAAUUCAUUUCCAAUUUUUCCCCCUCAACCUCAAUAGAGUUUUCACGUGAUAAAAAAUAUGUUUUUCUGGAUUGAAUUGUAUCUCAAAUUGAAUCUUGUCCAUUACUUUUCACAUUAUAAACCCUUUGCUCAAUGAAUAGAAUCUGGCCCUAUGUGUUCUAGGGUUAUUAUAUAUUAAAUUGGCGCUUCAUUUAUCUUGCCAAGUCUUUUGGGCUUUGGAGCUGUAUUUAUACUACCAUGUGUUGUGUAGUAUAGAUGACAUUAUGCUACAAGUACUGAGGAUAUUAUUCAUUAUAUUGACCUCCUUUAUCCUGCCGUGAGUUCUGGGGCAUUACACAUGUAAUUUGCCCUCGAAAACUAUAAAAAAAAAAUGUAUAACUAGAAAGUAUGUAUAGUUUCAUCCCCAAACAUAAAAAUGACCCGCCACCUAUGCAUAGAAUUAUAUUUCCAUAUUAGAAUUGGCAAUCGUAGCAGUGAUCACGGGUCUCAUUUAUUAAAAGGAUUAUUGGGAUGGUGGCAUAAUAAAAUGGCAUUUACUUGUACCUGAAAACAAUCUGUAAUAUGUAAAGUAGAGCUGGUUUGGAACAACAGUUGACUUCUAAAAAAUCUUGCUGUUGCUGUUUGUAUUUGAAUAGGCAAAUGUAUUUCCUUCCUUUCUGUCCAAAACGGAGCUUGACCACAAGCUCAAGCCCUGGUUUUCUUCUCAGGUCAGCAAGUCUGGGAAUUGUAAAAUCAGGAUUUCAGUUGGCAACUUUGAGUUAAACUAUGCACAGUUAGUGGGUGAUCAACACAACAAUGACCUAAUGCUUACAGAGACGUACGAAAAAUAGACUUCGAUCCCACAAACGUUGGCAUUAUGCAGCUGCUACGGUGGUCAAGUCCUCAAUAAAACAUGACUUUUUGCAUAUAUGAAUAAAUCCAACUGAGGGCACCAGCCUGGAUCUCUUA